GCUUUCGUCACGAAACAACCUUGCGUUGAGCUUAGCUUUAGCUGAUCGAAUCGAGAAGAGACGUAAAUUAAGCAAGCGAUCGAUCGAACUGAUCUCGUCGGCCGAUCGAUUGAUCGGAUUUGGUUCCAUGGAGAGGGGUUGCAACGGCAAUGGCGGCGGCGGCGGCGGCGUGAAGGUGACCUUCAUCGAGACGCAGUUCGUCACCUCCGACGCCGCGGGCUUCAAGUCGCUCGUGCAGCGCCUCACCGGCAACGACGCAGCCGUGCCGGCGGCGCCGCCACAGAGGCCGCGGCCGUGCCGUGCAGACGGGUGGAGGGGAGCCGGCGGCGCGAGCGCGACGGUGGUGAAGCGGGAAGCCGUGCCGCCGCCGGUGGCGCCGUGGGUGGAUGAGAUGAUGAUGCUGUACGAGACGUGCGACCUCGCCGAGAUGUUGCGCGUCGACGUCGUCGGCGCGAGCGGCGGAGGACGGUGCCACGGCGGCGGCGGAUACGGUGGUUUUCCAUGCUGAUCGACGGCCGGCGAUGAGCUCAGUCCAUCUUCAGUUUUGGAUGCUCUCUGCAUGUUGUUCCAUUCUUUUUUAACUGAGAUUAUCUGUAUAUUGCUCCAUGCCUUGUUGUACCCUGUUUUAUAUGUUUGGUUGCGACCAGGCCAUGUAAUUCCGGUUCUAAUCAUGAAACUGAAAAAAAAAACAAAUUGAUAGAGCCGAUGAAUCAAA